AUAGUCAGCCAACGCAAAGAAAAUUUGGCAGCCAACUCCCUUCGUCUUUCUUUCUCUUUUUUCGGGUUGGCUGUGCACCCAUUUUUCUACGGGUCGACCCAUUUGUGAUUUUCACUUUUCCCUUUUAUCAUUCUUUCCCUUCUUAUCAUUUCAGCUCCUCACGACCACAUGUUAACUCUUCCUUCUCUCUUUGACAAAAAACACAAACCAAGCUUUGCUGUGGGUGGUCUUCAAGCUCACACAGACCCAUCUUCAAAUCUGUCAAAUCUUCAACAAAUGAACUAGGCAUGGAAGGAGUAGGUGAUGAAAUCAACUAUCAUCAUUACACGAAAGAUCUCGAACUCGGCAUCUUAUAGUCAUCUCUUCCAUUGUUCUAAAGUUGAAAUCAAGGCUGGGUAUCUCGAAUUUGAACAAAUUCUACUCUAACAGAGCUGUAUAAUGACUGGGUAACCUUGAAUUACAGGACUUGGUUGUUCAAGCAAUGGCUUCGAAAGGGACCGGAGAAGACAAUUAUGAAGGCAAACAAAAAGUAUCACCAAACGCUCAUUUGCAUUUGCGGAAGCACUAAGUCAAGCCACUGAAAAGAAUGCCUCGGCCUUCAUGAAUAGAAUAACACAACGAGUCCCGAAUGAAGGUGGGGUACGUCAACUUGGCCCAAGUUUCCAUAGUGAUAUACCGGCCGAUGUGGAAAAAGUUGUGAGCCCGCAUGAAGUAGAUGAUUCUAGCUACUUCAGUGAAGGAAAAGCAUGGGGAACAUGGGGAACAAAACCAGGAAAAUGGCCUGGUGAAACGGCCAACUGGAUUCCGUGGGUAGAACGAGUCGAGAAGCGAUUUGGGGAUGUAUGGAGACGGCUUGGGAUCUACGACGCCAUCAAGCUUUCCACCAUUACUAUUCCUUGUGACCGCCCCUUGCUGGUUGCCGCGAUGUGUUUUUGGAGUUCUCAGACAAACUCUCUUGAGCUUCAGUUUGGUGCACUGAGUCUGACCUUGAUUGAUAAAGCGGCCAUUAUAGGCCUGCCGCCACAUGGGCAAGUGGUGGAUAUUGUAUUCGCAAAAGGAAAGUUUGACAUUGAUCUUGGUGGUGAGCUAAGAGAUCGAAGUAAAGGCACACCGACCGUUGCCAAUUAUAAUACAUGGAUUGAGGUGUUUAACAGCGGCUUGGUGAGGAAGUCACCUGAUAGUGAUGGCAGUCCGAAGGAGAAAGAGGAAAGCCAACAGGAGACAAUGGAAGUUACUCCUGUAGAGCAUGCGGCGUUUCUUGCCUUUUGGAUAUGUAAGUUCUUAGUGUGCACAACUUCUAAAAAAGUGAAUGUGGAAUACUACAAGUUGGUUGAAGCAUUAGCAAGCAAAGAAGUGCAAGAGAGUGAUCAGCCAUUAGCUCUUGGUCCAUUUGUGCUAGCCCACUUGUACAGAUGUCUUCACCAUUGUGUGACUAAAGGAGUGAACCCAAAUUGGCCUGGGCCAUUGUGGAUUUUUCAGUUGUGGCUUCAGACUUAUUUCCCUGCGUUCAGACAACCAGGUAUAGCAUUGGCCGCAGACACCACUCUUGGACAAUAGUUGGCUCCGCUUGAGUUAUUACCUCAUUCGGCAGAAGAGUGUUUUGAGAUUUUGUUCACGUGUCCAGAAUUUUCUGCAGAACAGUAUGCUGUUUGUUUCAACAGGAAGUAUCCACCCUACCUUGCCGUGGAUAUCAGCCAACACGCCUCAGAAAGCGAGACGAGAUGGGAGACUGCGUGUUCAGCUUGGAAGAGUGCAAUAGGUAUGAGGGAUCUCUUCUGGGGUGCCUUGUCUGGUAAGACACUCAAGUGUGGAGUGGAGUUAUAUUCAACAACCUAUUUCAGUCGUCAGUUGGGAUAUUAUCAAGCCAUACCUGCUCCGGUUCCAGAAUAGUCAAACCGAUAUAGUUCAUUACGAGCCGUUUUUUCCAACGAGGACGACAUUGAGCAGUAUAAUAAGGCAUUUGUGUACAACAUGAGCUUUCCCAUGAAGACAAGAAUAGCAACUAGCAAGAGUUCCUCCAAGUUCAGAGAGUGGUGGGCGAAAUGAGUAGGAAGCAUUUUUAAAGAUGGGUUGGUGUCAGCUAGGCGAUCAGCUUUUGCAGGAAAUCCAUGGGUACAAGAGAAGCCGAAAGUUGUAAGGCGUGGUAAAAUAACAAGCAAAGUUGCUAAAGCAAUCCCAAGUAUAAGUGGCCAAGAGUCUUUGAAAAAGUGUACUAAAGGUAGUACAAAGAGAAAGGCCAUCCAUAGUGCGGCCACUGAGGCUGCCAAAGAUGGUGCCACCAUGUCUUCAAUGUCUCAAUCUCCUCCAGCGAAACAAUCGGCAAAACAAGACGAUCAAUCCUCUGAAAGUAAAGAACAAUUGUGCGUGGCCAAACGAAGCCGUCCAGAGAGACUUAAGCUAGCAAGCAUCCAAAAUGUCAUUCCUAGUGAAACAGAGGAAUCUGUGGAACUAACCAUUAACAAAGGUGACCAACCAGUCAGUGAUGAACCUGCAGGGGAGAUAGUGUCUGUUGAAAGAGUGGCCGAAAGUGAAGUGAUGAAUAUUGAGGAGGCACUUGUACUCACUCAAACUUCAACGCAGGCCAGUACUCCCUUGUCGGUAACUUCAUCGCUUAGUGAGAAACUAGUGUCGGCUAACGAACCGGAAAGUCAUCAAAGGUUUGAAGCCGAACUGCAAGCUUUCAUGAGGGCAUUUUCGGCCGAUGCUCUAAUCCAACCAGAAUGUUGCUCGGCCAUUUCGCAGUUACCGACCGCUCAAUUGACAUCAAGGGAGGAAAUUGAUGGGGCUCUGAAGGUGGUAAAGGAAACGUUAGCGCGGCCAUUAAAAGAAUUUGUGGAAACAGGCCAACUAUCAAAAGUGAAAGUGGCCUUGGAUUUGUUACUUGGAGCCAAAUACUUUGCCCCUCCCAAGGUAGCCCUCAUUGGUGAGAAGCUAGAAGUAUUGACCCAACAAAUAUCCCGUGUAGCUGGUUCGUAUCAAGAAAUAGAAAAAAGGAGACAACAAAUCUUGGCUUGUGAGCAAAUGAAGAAAGCCUUAGUUCCUGAGUUUGGGUGGUGUAUGGAACAAAAACGAGUUGUGGAGUCUCUUGAAGGCAAGAUAAAUGAGUUGGAAAGACAAUUGGCAUCCUUGAAACAAGAGAGACAAGAAGUGGGGGAAAAGCUCUUUCAAAGGAGUAAGCAGUGUUUCCAAAGCCAAGGACAACUGAAAAAGAUAGAGGCCGAAUUGAAAAAUUCCAAGCCUAGGUGUAUGCAACUUGAGAGUGACCUUCAGGACACUGGUUGUACCUUGGGAGCUCUUAAAGCUUUAUUAGCCGAGGAAUGAUGAUUGAUGUAUGUGGCUCUUUUGUCGGCCAUUGGCCGGUUUUUUUUUGUAAACAUUUGAAAGUUAUGGGCCGACGAAAAACUUAAUUAAUUAUUUGCUUGCCGGUAGAUGAUCAUAAA